AUGACUAAGAUUGAGUACUUGGAGUGCAAGUUCAGCGAUGUCACGGGGGGAGUGGACAUCGACGUGAGACUUGAUUCACAAGUCAUCCCCAAGAACGACAGUUUUAAUUACCCUGGGUCGAUUAUCCAAGGGAACGGGGAGAUCGACGAGGAUGUCACGCACUGUAUAGGGGAAGGUUGGAUGAAAUGGAGGUUAGCAUCUGGCGUUUUGUGUUACAAAAAGGUGCCCCCGAAACUUAAAGGCAUUUUUUACAGAGCGGUGGUUAGACCGGCCAUGUUGUAUGUGGCAGAAUGUUGGCCAGUUAAGAUUGCCCAUAUUCAAAAGAUGAAAGUAGAAGAAAUGAUGAUAUUAAGAUGGAUGUGCGGGCACACAAGGUUGGAUAUGAUUAAGAAUGAAGAUAUUCGAGCCAGGGUGGGCGUGGCUCCCAUAGAAGACAAAAUGUGGGAACUUAGGCUUAGAUGGUUCGGGCACGUGCAGAGGAGAAGCCUAGAUGCUCCGGUUAGGAGGUGCGAGCGGUUGGCUCAUACGGGUAUGAGAAAAGGUAGAGGGCGGCCAAAGAAGUAUUGA